CAAAAUAGUGGGCGCCUGGGCGGUACGAGAUUCAAAUUCAGCAGUGGAGGUGAGAGAGAGACCUGCCCCUGACGCCACGGGUAUUUAUAUAUUCCCUCAUUUUCAUUUCAAUUCUUUGCUUUUAAAAGAGAGCAAGAGAAGUAUCUACUAAUAACAUUUCCAUACCACACACCUCUCCCAAAAGCAAACUCAGCUCUAAAAACGGAAACUUUUAGAUCAGGACAUUGCCACAGGCAAAGGACACCCUCGUCAUUUCCCUAAGUUCCUCCCACUCUUCCUCCUCCGCCUGCAACUAGAGAGAGAAAGGCCGAGCGAAGCUAACUGGUUACUGUGCUUUUCAAGAUGCUUGUAUAGGAAGAGAAAGAGAAGAUAGAGGUAAGACUACAAACCACUAUUAAAGUAAUAAUGGAGAGGAGCACUCCGGUUCGGAAAUCACACACUUCUACUGCAGAUCUGCUCACUUGGUCUGAGAAUCCGCCGGCUGAUUCCCCCUCCGUUGGCUCCGCUCCUCGCUCUGCUGCCCGCUCUCACCAGCCGUCCGAUGGGAUCAGUAAGGUAGUGUUUGGAGGUCAAGUUACGGAUGAGGAGUUUGAGAGCUUAAACAAAAGGAAACCUUGUUCAGGGUAUAAAAUGAAGGAGAUGACUGGUAGUGGCAUUUUUGCAGCCAAUGGAGCAAAUGAUGCAUCUGGUGAUGCCAAUCCCACACCAAAUAACAAAACAGGACUACGUAUGUACCAGCAAGCACUUGCUGGAAUCAGUCAUAUUUCAUUUGGAGAAGAAGAGAGUGUUUCUCCCAAAAAACCUUCUACUUUGCCUGAGGUGGCAAAGCAACGGGAGCUAAGUGGGACCUUAGAAAGUGAGGCAGAGAGAGAGGCCAGGUUGAAGAAGCAGCUUUCUGAUGCCAAGUGCAAGGAGCUCAGUGGACAUGACAUCUUUGCACCUCCUCCAGAAAUUUUACCACGGCCAACAACAGUGCGAGCUUUGGCAUUGAAAGAAAGCAUUGAAUUGGGAGAACCUGCUCCACGUGAUCCUGCUGGAGGUCAGAUGUCUGGUGAGCAACCUGUGAUGAAGACAGCAAAGAAAAUUUAUGACAAGAAAUUCAAUGAGCUCUCGGGAAAUGACAUAUUCAAGGGCGAUGUUACUCCAUCAUCUGCUGAGAAACCUCUAAGUUUGGCAAAAUUGCAAGAGAUUAGCGGUAAUGACAUAUUUGCUGAUGGGAAGGUGGAGCAUCGAGACUACUUAGGUGGUGUACGCAAACCCCCGGGCGGCGAGAGCAGCAUUGCCUUGGUUUAACUUUUUAGGUCUAACUCUGUUAUCUCCCAUCACUGUGUCUGGUUUUAUUUUAUUGCUAGAGUGGGGAUGUGGUAUUAUAUUAUUUGACCUUAUAUUGCGGGUUUUGGGAUUAUGUUUAGGCCUUAACAUGUCAUCCAGUGCUGUGGACUGUUCUAAUUGGAUUUUGUAUGUCCAUAUUCUUGUGUAUUCCAGUGCUUGUUUUGGCAAA